AUGAUGUUCCGUUUGCGAGUCAAGAUUUUCUACGUUUACAUCAUAAUUUCAUUCGUGUUCAGUAUCUAUCUGUUUUAUUUGAUCUCCAAGUAUUCGUUCGAAAAGUUCAUCAACUAUCAUCGGCAUGUCAGGGGUAGCAAAUUUCCCGAUCGUCCACGGAUACCGCAAAUCGUGGGUCAUUACGUUGGCGUGGGUACUGUGGGGAAUUUAUCGAAGGAUUUCAUGAACACCAACAACUUCGAUCCGAUGCCGGGAGUGGGAGAAAACGGCGAUCCAGUGGUGAUACAAGCGAAGGAUCUGCUAAAGAUGCAACAGCUAUUUCAAAUCAACCGAUACAACCUGCUGGCCAGUGAUCGAAUCGCACUGAACCGCAGUCUUCCGGACGUACGGAAACCGAAGUGCGUUUCGAAACAGUAUCCUGCCAAACUACCGACGACUUCGAUUAUUAUCGUCUUCCACAACGAAGCGUGGUCCGUGCUGUUACGCACAGUAUGGAGCGUAAUCAACCGCUCACCGAAGGGACUUGUUCGUGAAAUACUGCUCGUGGACGAUGCCAGCGACAGGCGUUUUCUGAAGCACGAACUCGACAACUACGUUCAGAAGCUACCAAUCUCGGUGACCAUUCUCCGGCUCAAUCAACGAGAAGGCUUGGUCGCGGCUCGGUUGCUUGGCGCUCGAAUGGCCACGGGCGAUACACUAACGUUUCUGGACGCUCAUUGCGAAUGCUCACCGGGAUGGUUGGAGCCAUUGCUCGCCCGGGUGAUGGAGAAUCCGAAGAAGGUGGUCUGUCCCGUCAUCGACAUCAUUUCGGAUGAUAACUUUUCGUACAUCAAGAGCUUCGAGUUUCACUGGGGAGCGUUCAAUUGGCCGCUGCAUUUCCGUUGGUACACGCUGAGCGACGAGGAGCUGGCCGAGCGUAGAAAGGACACGACCACUCCGUUUCGCACACCCGCCAUGGCCGGGGGAUUGUUCACGAUCGAUCGGAAGUACUUCUUCGACAUCGGUGCGUACGAUGAGCGGCUAAAGAUAUGGGGUGGCGAUAAUUUAGAGAUGUCCUUCCGGGUGUGGCAAUGUGGAGGCGAAAUUGAGAUUGCUCCUUGCUCGCACGUGGGUCAUCUGUUUAGAAAAAGCUCGCCGUAUACCUUCCCAGGAGGAGUGAGUGGUAUUCUGAACGAAAAUCUCGCCCGAGUGGCACUGGUAUGGAUGGAUGAUUGGGCAAAGUUUUUCUUCAAAUUUAACAAGGGCACGGAGGAAUUUAAAAGCUUGAAUGUAUCCAACAGGGUGGCGCUGAAGCGUUCGUUGAAGUGCAAAUCAUUCGACUGGUAUCUACGGCGGGUUUGGCCCCAAAAUUUCUUCCCAGCGCCGAACAAAUUCUUCGGCCGCAUACAACCGAUCGACCUCACGACGACGUUCGACUACCAGGAGUACCUCACGCUGAUGAAAAAGAUCAACCUCAUCAUCAAGAACCUUAGUCCGGAGCUGAAGUGGAAGUUUCUCAUCAAGUACCUCACGGAGAAUGUGAAGCGCAUCGGCGACUCGAUGAAAGCCGCCAAGCACAGCCCGUACUGCCUUCACAAGCCGAAAACCAACACGGCCAUUAACCAGCCGUACGGUCAGUCGUACCUGCAGAAGUGUUCGUUGUUGAUCAACGUGUUGGACGAGCAGUUUGUCAUCGACGAUUACGGGCGGGUGAUGACGGACGAAGGCAUCUGUCUGGACUCGUAUCGCAAGACCAGCAUCGAUGGGGAAGAGAUCGUCGAGGGCAUCCGAAAGAUUAAGAUGGUGACAUGCGGAAGCCAGAAGCCCAAUCAACGGUGGAUCUACGAAACGGACACGUAUCAUCUGAAGAAUAUUGGCGACGGAGCGGAAUGUCUCGAGCGUGGCUCGACGUUAGUCCGCGAUGACGGAGAAGACAAAUACGAGCUGUUCCUGGGACCAUGUGACGUUCGGAACGAGCUGCAGAAGUGGAUGCUUUUCCCGGUCGCCUGGAAGUAG